CUCCGUUCCCGUAACAUUCACUGCUCGUUCGAUCGCCGAGCAAUAUACUACGGGGCAUCCACUAAAGAAUCGUGGAAGUUUUUUUUUCUUUCUUGAAGGAAGAAUUAAAAAAACUUUCCACAGCUCGUCAAAGUUAUCGUUUACUUUUACGUUAAGUUGCAACAGUUCCUACACGCCUGAUAACGACAAAAAUUCCUCGUUUGCCGGAAACAACUUCAUUCAUUUUCGAUCUUGACGCACCGCGAGACCAAACAACAAUCGGUUCAGAUGGAAAAGGAUCAGCUCGAUUCACUCGCAACCGUCGCUGUGGGCUCGGAAAAAAUGCCACCUCCUCACAGCCAUUACGCGGCCAGCGACGUCUAUUCCGCUUCGGAAUCCCCACCGGCGUAUACGAGACCACCGAUGAAAAGCGUAGCCGUGCAAAUAACAAGGAUAAUCGCUACGAUGAUGAUAGCGAUUUCCGUCAUUAUCGGAAGUUUCAUCUUGGCUUCUGCUUGGCUACAAGCACGGGCUUCUUGCACCCCUGAAAACAUAGCCGCGAUGCAAGCUCAAAUGAGCCUCCAGAAACUCCAGACCGAAGCUCUCAAACAUUUGCAACCGGAAGCACUGGUCCAGGAUCGCGAAAUCGCGAAGGAACAGCUGCAGAGCCUCUCCGAAUCCUCGAACAAAGACGAGGUUCGAGCUGACACGAAGGACAUUAAAACAACUACCGAUGAGAACGAUAAAUCCAAGUCGGACAGUGACAACGGUGACCAGAACGAGUCGGACGAAGAUUACGAUGAUUCGGAGUUUCCACCGGUUCACAUAAAACUUCCUCUUCAAUUAGACCUCGACGAUCUCGCAGGGAACUUGUUACAACAGGCACGCAGCGUCGUGUCCUGCGUCGUCGAGCGUCACAGAUCCGACGAAGUCAUGGAUGGAGAGGACGACGCUGAAGCGAAGACCACCGAACGUCAACGCAUGCAGAGGCUUCGUGGUGAACACGUUGCUAUUCUUUGCGAAUCCGGAGAUCCUCGCCAAGAACAACAGGAACAAGAAGUACUCACCCCGAUCAUCGUUCCCUUGGGCACCGUUCAAAUCCCCCUCCAAUCCCAGGACAAAGCGUACAACAGUUACCAAGUUCAUAACCAAUUCCAAGUACCGGAAUCUCAACGCGUACCGAUGCCGGUUGAUGCGAGAGGAAUGAAUCCAUUCCUGAAUGCUAUUCUUCCUCCUGAAUUACGGAAUAUGCCUCAGAUUUCCGUGGAGAUGGGACCGCCCCCGCGUGUAGCACCUCAAUCCCACAUAACGAGGCCACUUCCGAUGGAAAUGCAUCAAAAUCCUGGGGACUUCCGUCAGAUGUCGGUGGCUUCGAUGCACGUGAUGAGACCCCCUGUAGAACAGGAGCAAUACAGUCGGGAAGAACAGCAGCAAAACAUCCCAGUAAUGUUCGCCCAACCGAGCCGCCCACUCAUGACGAAUCCCCAAAAUCAAGAAGCCCACGGAGUGAUGGGACAACGAGUUCCCCUGGCACAGCCACAGCCAGGGCAGGAAUCACAACAGCAGCAUGUCCAACCACGAAUCAACAUUCAGCGAGUCGAAGCUAAACAAAUGGACGAGUCUUCGGAGGUUCCUGAUAGAUUGAAUUUCCCAUUCCGAGGAAUGCCCAUUGAACUUAGACGGAUUAUACAACAGGUCCCGUUGGAAAUCAAUAAUAUCAUUCAACACAUUACUGGGGAAUCAAAAUCCGUUCAAAUGCCUGUCCCAGAGGGCGCUCGCCGAGAGCAGGUACAAGAGUUCAAACCUUUCCCGGAGAGUAUACGGCCCUUCCCAGUCGAUCCGUUCGCGCUGCCCAUUGAAAUAAGAAAUCUUCUGGAGCACGGAAACAUCGAAGGGCAAGCAGCACAAGGUGCCCAGGAUUCCGAGGAUCAGCAGCAGCAAAACAAGCAGGUCCAGGGCGAAACGACCGAGAGAAAAUUCCCCAUUCCAGCUAACGUUAUGAAUAUCAUUCACCAGAUAAUGGAGAGACGUGAAUUUCCGGAAUCGCGAUUCGCAGUGCCCUUGAGACCUCUCGAAGUUCCGGUCGGAGCUCAAGUUCAGGUGUCGGAUAAUCAGGAAUCCGAGGAAGAAUCUGGGCAUGAGCAGGAGCCGCAAGGUCAUUUACCACAAGAGCCCCAGGUCCACCAUGAAGAAAUGCAGGACGAGGCUAAUCGUCCUCACUUUGUCCAGCCUCGAUCGGUACGCUCAGUUCCUGAACCCUUCGCGCAUCCUCGUGAAAAGCGUGUUCGUCGUUGCGCAUGCCAGUGCGCGUGCUAGGAAGUGAAGCGCACUGCUCAGCUCUUCCCGAAAGACAUGCAAGAAAAGCAUCGUGAAUUUCGAGAAUAAAAUCAAUGGGGUGUUCUACAAGACCAAGGAAAAAUUGUAUAAAAUGGAGAGAAAAAAACACACACACACACACACACACAGAAACUAAUGGUAUCUCAAAAAUGGAAUAUUUUUUUAACGAAUAAAAAUAUAUGUGGUAAUAUAAUUAAUAGAUGUGGCUAAGAUUUCUUCGUAUCCGGAUUUUGCAGCCUUGUGGCGAUAUUGUAGACAAAAAAAUAUAAUUUUCCGUGCUUGCACUCUGCUAUCAUUGUUUGAGCGAUACCCGAAUUGCGUCUGCUUUAUCGUGUACAUGUAUGAAAGAAAAAAAUCAAACAUGAUGCAAUUACAAGUAAAUAAGCCCGAAAAAUGGAUACAAGUGAUACUGAAUUUUACUAACGGCUGAUAAGCCCCAAUCUUACAUAUGUUAAAAAAAUUCCCGUACCAAAAUUCGACGAGUGAUAUUUUCCGAUUUUUUAAUACGAAAAAAAAAUAUCUAAGUUAUAUCUUAUUAACAUUUUUUAUUACAAUCCGCAAAAACGCUUGCACCGCGUUGAGCUACCGGCUACUCUAUACCUGCAACGUCAAUUUUUUAUUCACUAAGUACUAGUGCCUUUUUAUUCCCCACUAAAUGAGAAUAUUGUAUCUGUAUAUUGUUUCUGUCCAGACGUUAAUAAAAUUAUUGAUAUUGGUUGGUUUGUCCAAA